UACAAGAAAUUUGAGUUGGCCAUGGCUGAGUCUAAAGAAGAUCAAGGUAAGCCUUCAGCCCCACUUUUUCUCACUACCCGGAGUGACCAACCAAACGAAGAUGAUCAGUACCACCGCGACCGAACCAAAUAUGUCCACUCGCAUACAAAGCUCAUCUUAUGCUGUGGUUUCAUCGCAUCUAUAACUAUGCUCAUAGCAGUCACCUUCAUCGUCCUCUCCCUCACGGUUUUUCAUCUCCACAACCCAAAACUCACGGUUGAUUCCAUAUCUUUCAUCCAAGGGUUGGAAUUCGUCAACGGUAAAGUCAACACGAACCGGAACGUUACAGUGUCAGUCCAAAUCUCAUUACAUAACCCCAAUCCAGCAUCGUUUAAAGUGAGAGAUGUUAUGCUUUCGUUUAAACAUGGUGAGUCAGCGAUAACUGGGGAAAAUAUUCGAAGAAGUGGAACUAUUCCAGCAAACAUUCCAGCGAAACAGACGGUUAAGAUGAGCCUGACGGCUGAGAUUGUUACAACAAAGCUACUAGCAUCUGUUCCAGGUUUCAUGGAGGAUUUAAAAGGAAGAGGAGUGGAAUUGAAAAGCAGUGUUGAAAUUAGAGGUAUAGUGAAGAUAAUGAAGAUUUUCAAGAAAUCUGCUCAUCUUAUAAUGGAUUGUUCCAUGAUGAUGAUGAUGAACAGUUCCUCAAUGCUUACACUACAGUGUGUCAAAAGAACACAUGAAAUGACUAAAAACAUGUCUAUAUCUUAAAAAAGAUUACUUUUUGUUUUGCUUUCUACGUUUAUUUAUAGAUGUCUGUAAAUAAAGUAGUCCAAAUGUCAAAAGAAAGAAAUGCAUUGUAGAAUCAAAAGAUAAGAACAUUCUGCCGUAAACUAUAGCUCUCCGGCUACACUAAUAACACCAAAAAUAAACUUCAUUUGAUAGGAACUUGAGUCCUAAAAUGAUCG